AUGUUAGAACACACUUUGGAGAUACGAGAGCUACAAGGUAGAUCACUGUUGUACGAGUGCUGGAAUGUACUGUAG